GUUGAACUCAAUUAGCUGAUACUGUCUCCUUCACACGCGGCGAAGCGUACUCUCAAUUUCUCGCCACCGCCAUCAAACACCAAUCUCUCUCUCUAAAACGUUUCUCUUUUUUCCCUCUCUCUCUUCAAAACAAAAAUCUACAACACCACAUUAUCACAUCAUAAGAAGUAACAACAACACAUACAAAUGGCGAUGAGGAUUUGAAGGCGUUGAUUGUGGUUUGAUUCUGAGUCAUCUCAUUUCUAUUACUUUCUCGUAAUGGCAUCUUCAUCAUGUUCUGGAAAUUCUCUCACAAAUGUGGAUCGUUUUGUUCUCAGUGUCACUCCAGAAGUUCCUUCUCACAAUCUUGUUCUUCAGAGCUGUUCUCAUGAAGUAAAUAGCCAAUGGCUACCUCUUGGCAAGGACUCUAUUGAAUGCUUUGAAUUGAAAGAUCUUUGGAACUGCUAUGAAAAAUGGAGCGCAUUGGGUGCUGGUACGCCGAUGCUGUUGGAAAACCGCCAUACUUUGAUGCAAUACUAUGUUCCCUAUCUAUCUUCCAUCCAAAUCUACACCACUAAGUCUGUUGCAGCUACUUCCAGGAUUAAGAAAGAGGAUAGCGACACUGCUGAAUCUGAAUUCGAUUCCUCUAGUGAAGAUAGUGGAAGUGAUAGCCUAUCUAGAUCGUUAAGUAACAAUUCUAGCAAAGCAUGGGAUGCUGCUUCCUUGGAUUCGAGCUCUGACCAAUCGGGUUCGUGGCCAACAAGGGAUAUGCUUGGAUACCUUUAUUUGCAGUAUACCGAGACUUUACCGCCUUGGUUGAGGGUUCCAUUUUCUUUUAAGAUAUCGGAGCUUGCUAAAAGCCAUCCAGCAUUGAUGACUUUGAAAAGUGUGGAUGUUUCCCCUGCAAGUUGGAUGGCUGUUGCUUGGUACCCUAUUUAUUCCAUACCGUAUCAUCAACCAAGUGAAAAGGAACUCUCUGCAUGCUUCCUAACUUACCAUACACUAUCAUCAUCUUUCCAAGAUUGUAAAAACACAUAUGAUGACAUAGACAUCGGAAAAGACACAGGCUGUUUUGAAGAAUGGGUAGGUGUGGGAAAGAAAAGCAAGGAAAACAAGAGUGGUUUUAAAUCUCUGUCUCCUUUUGGGAUGGCCAGUUACAAAAUGGAGAAACCUUUUUGGUUAAGUUCAUCAUCCUCUCCUGAUUCUGGUAAUGAAAGGAUGUCUGACAUGUACAGCGCAGCAGAAUCGUGGUUGAAGCAACUCAACGUUCACCACCACGACUUCAACUUUUUCACUCUCCGGUCACCUUUGUAAAUUGGUUUCAGUUUUUAUUCACUAACUCACUUCGGCCAUCUUAUUUAGUUUGGUACUUGAACAGAAGAGGUUUUACUACAGGCACAGUUUUGGAAACAAUGACAAACUCAGGUUAUACGUCAAGGGAUGUAUAAUCCUUUAAGUUUUGUUUGUAGUAUUUUCCGGAUAGGCCGUUAUGUUAGUUUUCAGGGUUCAUAUUUUGUUCUUUCUGAUUAGUACUCUUUCGAUGUCUCUUAACUCACCCAGUCUGCUGAGAACUAGUCUCCGAUCGAUAAUAGCAGUUUGGAGGUGACUAAACUAUGGUAUCUUUUGUACAUUUUAUUUAUUUCUUUAAGGAAUUGUUUGUGUUUUGUAUA